CCCUACCUUCGCCUCAGACCUGCAGUUUUUUUCUUGUGCAAUGGACGGGGCCAUGUUGAAAGCAACCGAUGUCUUCGCCUCCCAACAUUUCGCCUUGAUUCAAUCCCAGGGACUUUUUCAACCGCCGGGGGGGAGCCCUAUCAAACCACACCGCCUUGACGCUGACUUGUACCCUCUGGGAUCCGGCUACGUCCCUGAAAUUGACAGUGUCCAUGACAUAUCAGUUGGCACAAAGAGGGGAUCUGACGAACUCUUUUCUUCCUGCAUAUCCAACGGGCCCUAUAUCAUGAACUCAGCCAAUGGCAACGACAGCAAAAAAUUCAAGGGUGACGUCCGCAGUCCCGGUGUUCCGUCACGCGUCGUUCACCUGCGCAAGCUGCCCAGCGACAUAAACGAGGCCGAGGUCAUCGGGCUCGGUUUGCCCUUUGGGAAAGUCACCAAUCUGCUGAUGCUGAAAGGGAAAAACCAGGCGUUCCUGGAGCUGAACAGCGAAGAGUGUGCUCAGACCAUGGUGAGCUACUACUUGUCCGUGACGCCCGUCAUCAGAAACCACCCCAUUUACAUGCAGUACUCCACCCACAAAGAGCUGAAGACGGACAACUCCCCCAACCAAGUGCGCGCCCAGGCCGCUCUGCAGGCAGUCAACGCUCUGCACGGCGGCGGCGGGAUCGCCGGCAUGGCCAUCGCGGCGGACGCCAGCGGCCUGGUGGGCGCCGCCGCUCAGAGUCCCGUCCUGCGAGUCAUCGUGGAGAACCUCUUCUACCCGGUCACCCUGGACGUGCUGCACCAGAUAUUUUCCAAAUUCGGCACAGUGCUGAAGAUCAUCACAUUUACAAAGAACAACCAGUUCCAAGCGCUCAUCCAGUAUGCCGACGCCAUGAUGGCCCACAACGCCAAAUGUCUAGACGGGCAGAACAUCUACAACGCCUGCUGCACGCUAAGAAUCAGCUUCUCCAAGCUCACCAACCUGAACGUCAAGUACAACAACGACAAGAGCAGGGACUACACCCGCCUGGAUCUCCCCACCGCCGACAGUCAGGCCGCCCUGGACCACCAGACCAUGGCAGCUGCUGCCUUUGCUGCACCAGGUAUAAUAUCCGCCUCCCCGUAUGGAGGCGCACAUGCAUUCCCGCCUGCCUUCGCCAUCCAGCAAGCAGGUCUUGCAAUGCCCGGCAUCCCCAGCGCCUUGGCCUCUCUGGGCGUCGGGCACGGCAGCAUGGCCGCGGCGGCGGCCGCCGCUAGUCGCCUCAGCCUGGCCGGGCUCGCUGCCGCCAGCGGGCACAACGUCCUGUUGGUCAGCAAUCUGAACCCGGAGAGCGUUACGCCACACUGCCUCUUUAUUCUUUUCGGUGUGUAUGGCGACGUGAUGAGAGUCAAGAUCCUGUUCAAUAAAAAGGAAAACGCUCUGAUCCAGAUGGCGGAUGGCACACAGGCUCAACUAGCCAUCAGCCACCUGAACGGCCAGCGGCUGCACGGCAGGGCCAUUCGCGUGACGGUGUCCAAGCACACCACGGUGCAGUUGCCGCGAGAAGGCCAGGAGGACCAGGGCCUGACCAAGGACUUCAGCAACUCGCCGCUGCAUCGCUUCAAGAAGCCCGGUUCCAAGAACUACUCAAACAUCUUUCCGCCCUCAGCCACGCUCCACUUGUCCAACAUACCGCCCGCCGUGGUGGAGGAAGACCUCAAGAGGCUUUUUGCCAGCUCAGGAGCCACGGUCAAAGCCUUCAAGUUCUUUCAGAACGACCGCAAGAUGGCCCUGAUCCAGAUGGGCUCGGUGGAGGAGGCCAUCGAGUGCCUGAUUGAGUUCCACAACCACGACCUGGGCGAGAACCAUCACCUUAGAGUGUCCUUCUCAAAAUCCACCAUCUGAGUGCCUUCAGCUCCCCCCACCGAAGCGCAUUUCACCAUCUUGAUUGCGCACCGUUCUCCCGGUCGCACUCGGUGGAAACGACAGGUUUUGUAGCUGUUUCUCUGCAGAAAGUAACUCCCCUUCAGUGUCAUCAGAGCAAAAUCUGAUUCCCCCCCCACCCCCUUUAUUUUAUGAUCCCCUUAUAUAUAUCAAAUGGCACCAUGUAUGUUGAUCAGAGCAAUGGCUAGUUGGUUUACUUUUGUCUGGGGUGGGGGGG